GCGGCGCCGCCGCUUCGCUUCCGCGGCGGGGCCGGGCCGGGCCGGGAUUGGCCGCGCGGCCGCCUCGCCCCAGAAUGCAGCGCAUGGCGCGUCAUUGAAGAGAGACCAUGAUGGCGGCGGCGGCCGCGGCGGCGGGGGGCGCCCCCGAGGUGAUCGCCCAGCUGGAGAACGCGGCCAAAGUGCUCAUGGCACCACCUUCCAUGGUCAACAAUGAACAACGCCAACAUGCUGAGCACAUAUUCUUAUCAUUUAGAAAAUCAAAAUCACCAUUUGCUGUUUGCAAACAUAUUUUGGAAACUAGUAAAGUGGACUAUGUCCUUUUUCAAGCUGCUACUGCGAUAAUGGAAGCAGUUGUAAGAGAAUGGAUUCUCUUGGAAAAAGCUAGCAUUGAGUCACUGCGAACAUUCCUUCUAACCUAUGUCUUACAAAGGCCUAACCUUCAAAAGUAUGUUCGGGAGCAGAUUUUAUUAGCGGUAGCGGUGAUAGUGAAACGGGGAUCAUUAGACAAAUCAAUCGACUGCAAGAGCAUUUUCCAUGAAGUCAGCCAGCUGAUCAGCAGUGGUAACCCCACUGUGCAAACUUUGGCCUGUUCCAUUCUAACGGCGUUGUUGAGCGAGUUCUCAAGUUCAAGUAAAACCAGCAACAUUGGACUAAGCAUGGAGUUCCAUGGUAACUGUAAACGUAUAUUUCAGGAGGAUGAUCUGCGGCAGAUCUUCAUGCUCACAGUAGAGGUACUUCAGGAAUUCAGCAGACGUGAAAACCUCAAUGCUCAGAUGUCUUCAGUGUUUCAGCGUUAUCUUGCACUAGCCAAUCAGGUCUUAAGCUGGAACUUCCUUCCUCCAAAUUUGGGCAGACAUUAUAUAGCUAUGUUUGAAUCCUCACAAAAUGUGAUGCUAAAGCCAACAGAAUCCUGGCGUGAGACUCUCCUGGACAGCAGAGUUAUGGAGCUUUUCUUUACAGUACAUCGAAAAAUCAGAGAAGAUACAGAUAUGGCCCAAGAUUCAUUACAGUGCCUGGCACAGCUGGCAUCUUUGCACGGGCCAGUCUUUCCUGAUGAAGGUUCUCAAGUUGAUUACCUGGCACACUUCAUUGAGGGAUUACUGAAUACUAUCAAUGGAAUUGAAAUAGAAGACUCUGAAGCAGUGGGAAUUUCCAGUAUUAUCAGCAAUCUGAUAACUGUAUUUCCCCGCAAUAUUUUAACGGCCAUUCCAAAUGAACUUUUCUCUUCAUUUGUUAACUGCCUCGCACACCUCACCUGUUCUUUUGGAAGAAGUGCUGCCUUGGAAGAAGUGCUUGACAAAGAUGAUAUGGUAUAUAUGGAGGCAUAUGAUAAGUUACUGGAAUCUUGGCUUACUUUGGUCCAAGAUGACAAACAUUUCCAUAAAGGUUUCUUUACCCAACAUGCUGUUCAAGUCUUUAAUUCCUACAUUCAGUGCCAUCUGGCUGCUCCUGAUGGCACAAGGAAUUUGACUGCCAAUGGCGUGGCCUCUCGGGAAGAAGAAGAAAUAAGUGAGCUGCAGGAAGAUGACAGAGACCAGUUCUGUGACCAGUUGGCCAGCGUAGGCAUGCUGGGGAGGAUUGCUGCAGAACACUGCAUACCUCUUCUCACAAGUUUGUUAGAAGACCGAGUGACAAGGCUCCAUGGACAGUUGCAAAGACAUCAGCAGCAGUUACUUGCCUCACCAGCAUCAGGUUCUAUUGACAAUAAAGUGCUUGAUGACCUGUAUGAGGAUAUUCAUUGGCUUAUUUUAGUCACAGGCUACCUCUUGGCUAAUGAUACUCAGGGAGAGACUCCGCUAAUACCUCCAGAAGUAAUGGAAUAUUCCAUUAAACAUUCAGCUGAGGUUGACAUCAAUACAACACUUCAGAUUCUGGGAUCUCCAGGAGAGAAGGCCUCUUCCAUCCCAGGGUACAACAGAACUGAUUCUGUAAUUAGGUUGUUAUCUGCUAUUUUAAGAGUGUCAGAAGUAGAAUCUAGAGCAAUAAGGGCAAAUCUGACACACCUCCUGAGCCCCCAGAUGGGCAAAGAUAUUGUAUGGUUCCUCAAGCGCUGGGCAAAGACGUACCUCCUAGUAGAUGAAAAGUUGUAUGAUCAGAUAAGUCUGCCAUUUAGUACAGCAUUUGGUGCUGAUACAGAGGGUUCCCAGUGGAUUGUGGGUUACCUUUUAGAAAAAGUGAUCAGUAACCUGGCAGUGUGGAGUUCAGAGCAGGACCUUGCAAAUGAUACUGUACAACUGCUAGUAACAUUAGUGGAAAGGAGAGAGCGGGCAAACUUAGUUAUUCAGUGUGAAAACUGGUGGAAUUUAGCUAAACAGUUUGCAAGGCGAAGUCCUCCUCUUCACUAUUUGUCUAGUUCUGUGCAGAGAACACUAAUGAAAGCUUUAGUUCUAGGAGGUUUUGCUCAUAUGGAUACAGAAACAAAGCAACAGUACUGGACAGAGGUUCUUCAGCCACUUCAGCAGCGAUUCUUGAAUGUGAUAAACCAAGAAAACUUUCAGCAGAUCUGUCAGGAGGAAGAAGUGAAGCAGGAAAUCACUGCUACUUUAGAAGCACUCUGUGGCAUUGCUGAAGCUACCCAGAUUGAUAACGUAGCAAUUCUCUUCAAUUUCCUAAUGGACUUCCUUAAUAAUUGCAUUGGAUUAAUGGAAGUAUACAAAAACACACCAGAGACUGUUAAUCUCAUAAUAGAAGUAUUUGUUGAAGUUGCACAUAAACAAAUUUGCUAUCUUGGAGAGGCCAAAGCCAUGAACUUGUAUGAGGCCUGCCUAACUCUGCUCCAGGUGUAUUCCAAGAAUAAUCUAGGUCGACAACGGAUAGAUGUUACAGCAGAAGAAGACCAGUACCAGGACCUCCUUCUUAUUAUGGAGCUUCUCACUAAUCUUCUAUCAAAAGAGUUCAUAGAUUUCAGUGAUACAGAUGAAGUAUUUAGGGGACAUGAGCCUGGGCAAGUUACAAAUAGAUCUGUAUCAGCAGCAGAUGUUGUCUUAUAUGGGGUUAAUCUAGUUCUGCCUCUAAUGUCACAAGAUCUGCUGAAGUUUCCAUCCCUGUGUAAUCAAUAUUACAAAUUAAUCACUUUCAUAUGUGAGAUAUUCCCUGAGAAAAUUCCACAACUUCCAGAGGACCUCUUUAAGAGCCUAAUGUAUUCACUGGAGCUAGGGAUGUCAUCAAUGAGCUCAGAGGUUUGCCAGCUCUGUCUGGAGGCUGUUACACCGUUAGCAGAACAGUGUGCAAAAGCACAAGAAACAGAUUCAGCUCUUUUUCUAGCAACGAGGCACUUUCUUAAGAUGGUUUUUGAUAUGCUGGUACUUCAGAAGCACAAUACAGAAAUGACAACUGCAGCAGGUGAAGCAUUCUACACGUUAGUGUGUUUGCAUCAGGCUGAAUAUUCAGAGUUAGUUGAAACAUUGCUAUCAACUCAACAAGAUCCAGUAAUUUACCAGCGGUUAGCAGAUGCCUUCAACAAGCUUACUGCAAGCAGCACUCCUCCUACACUGGACCGUAAGCAGAAGAUGGCCUUCUUAAAGAGUUUAGAAGAAUUUAUGGCAAAUGUUGGUGGACUUCUCUGUGUAAAAUAAACAACAAAACUCUAUGCCUAAUUUAGACCCUUUCUGCAAAAUGCACUGAGAAAUGCUGAAUGCUGACUAAAUCUUGUACCUGUCUCUGGGUUCUUUGCAGCCAUCUCAGAUUCUAGAGAGCCUGGAAGUUUGAACAUAACACCAUGGAAUAGGAGAGGUCAACUUUGAAUCAGCUUCUGCUAUUAUGUGUUAGCUCCAAUCUGUCAUACUUGGGUGUGGAAGAGAAUGAACAGAAAAUCUGAAUUGAAUUUUUUUCCAUUUAUGCGCAAACAGAUAUGGGCACAAUGAAAUAAAUGCAGUGCCUUUCCCCCUGUACUGGUUUAAAAUAGAAGUGGUCAUAUAAACGUACAGAUUCUUUCUACCCAAAAUCAUGUUAGAGUGUGAUGCAGAUACAUAUAAAGCUCUAAAGAAUUUAGCUGAUUUUAAGCUUUAUUUUUCCUCUCUUAAAGUUUGAGUUUGUGUUCCAAUGAGGAAGAAAAACCAAAUGGUAUUUUAACUUUUGUUUAGUUCUGUUUUUCUACAUCAACCUGACAUUGCAAAUUUAAAGCAAUGCAGGUUUUUACGUUAUGUUCUGCUGCCUAAAGUUCAGAGAAAAAAAAGGUGUAUAUUUUUGUUCCCCUAAAAUGAACUUUAGGAACUGUAGCCAUUUCAUUGCCUUAAUUUAAAAGAAAAGAAAAGCUCAUAUACUUUAGGUAAGAAAUUUAAGGCAAGAUUUGACUCUUAAGAGUUGGUUUAGGAUGUUGGCACUGAGCUGCUGUGUACCUGUUGCAGCCAUUUAUGUUGAUGUGUUGUUUUGGAAUGAGUGUCUAAUGCAAGGUUCAUGUGUAGUUUUACUUUCAGUAUCUGUUUUGAUUCUCACCUGGGUUGCACGCCAACUGCAAUGUAUUUCUACACGGAACUGUUUGCUUAAGCAAUAACAACCCAAAAGGUGUGAAUUACUGGCAAACUUUGUAAAGUUGGGGCAUUAGCUAAAACAAUUAUGUUAGCACAGGGGCAUCAAACCCUUUUACUCAAGCAUGUUUGUUUGACUCCAGUGGGGAAAUGUAAUUGGGAAGUCUGUGCUGUAGGAGAUUUUUGUUUUUGCUGAAUCUAGUCCCACUUCUGCAGAACUCUCCCAGCUGCUCUGGCUUGGUUUUUUAUAUCAGCACUUUAGCUGCUAUCAUAGCAGAAGUGCUCUGAGUAUAUAGAACCAACAAGGGAGAGCAGCACAUGAAUAUGAAAGCAAGGCCUGCUUUUUUUCCUGUCAUGAGCCACAGGAAACUGAAGCAAACACAAAUGCUGCAUGUCUAGUAAAAUUAUUUUUGUGGAAAUACACAGAGGCAGAAGUGGGCCUUUCUGUUUAAGAUCUCUGCUAGAUUAUGCUGUUAAAUAUUUCCCAUGUGUUUUUACAAUUUAUAUAAAAAGUCUGGUAUACACCUUUAUAUGGCAACAUAAAGCUUCGUGUUUGCAAUUCUGUGCCAUUCUUCAGCUAUUCAUCUCAAAAUUAGUCAAAAUAGCCAGAAUCUCACAACAGACACAAAUCUCUAUACUGUGCUAUAAGUGAUCUAAAGCUUUUUUUUUUCUUUUUUUAAAGUUAAAUCUGUUAGUGUUUCAAGCAUAGAUCCUCAAGGCCAAAAAUGCCAUCUCUUUAUUAUACUUUUCUAAUUAAUGUGAACACUGGGCAAGGGCAGAUUUAUACAUUACAAAGUGACCAUAAAACGUCUUAGAUAAUAGUGUACCUUCCCAGAUAGUAUUUUAUUUUUAAGAUAACUUGUAUAGUAUUCUAGAGCAGGGGUAUUGCUCUCAAUUUUUCUUGAAACUCUAGUGCUUUUCUUUAAAGGAUUUCUUGACUGUGCACUUACACAAAAUACAAUCAUCCUGGCAGAUCAUUCUAUUUCAAACUGUUGUGAUGGCUGAGUUUUUAUUUUUAAAUUGGGGUUUGCUGUUUUUGAAACUGCUUCUGGAGUUUUUCUGAGCUUGUACAUUGGAUGGGGGGAAGUUCUGAAACCUCACUUUUUUUCAGAUGGGAACAUCAGCAGCAGUAGGAGCUGCUGGUUUGUUAUGAUGUGCUCGAUGUCAGACUGAAGUCUUCAAAGACAUCAUAGCAAAUAUUCCAUGUUUUGGGUCUGGCUGAGUAACUGAUACACCCAGUCAUCCUUUCUUUUAUAACUAGCUCUGUCACUAUUGUUUUAUUAAUCCUAAAGCUGGCUCACUAUUUAAAAAUAUUUAUUAACUUUAACGUUUUAAAAUCUUCUUGCAUAUUGUGAUGAACAGGAGCACAAACUGAGUUUAUAUUCUGGGCAAAGUAAUGUGCAUACUCAUUAUUUUUCUUGUUAGGCCCAUUGUGUUAUAACAAGCAGAGACACACAGCAUUUUGAAGUAUCAAGACUUUAGCUAAAGUAUGAACACCCACUUUCGAAGACUAGUUUUAAAGGUGGUUUAAAAUUUUCCUUUGCCCUUCAUUUAAAAAUAGUAUUAUAUGUUAAAGGAAAACUGUGUAGUAAGAUUUUGGGGUUUUUUGUAAUUUCCUGCUUGAUGAUACACGUUCAUGUUUUUCUUAAUUUUCCUUUCAUUCUCAUAUAUUCAACAGGGAUUUUUCCAUGCCAUUUUAUGUUUCUUUUAGAGCAAUGCUAAGAUGUCUCUGCUUAGUGACAUCCAUGAAAGGGUUGCAAAGGCUUAUGGAAAUAAGUCCUGUUCAUUUAUACUGCUGCUGGCUUGGUGACUGCUUCUACCUGAGCUAUUUGACAUCUGUAUCCCUAGCAAAAAAAAAAAUAGAAAAAAAGGAAUCUUUGGUGAUCUUCUACACAUCCAGUUGCUGUAAAUUGGGAUGUGAAAGCACACUGAGGUCCACAGGAAGGACUUGGACUGUUUGUAGUGAACACUGAGAGCUGACUCCACAUAAGUGUUCUGAAAGUUUUAUAGCAUCAUUGCAUUGAUUUUCCAUUCACUGUGGAAAGUGAAUAAUGGUUCUAAAAAUGCACCUGUUUUUUGAAGAAAGAAAAAAGGCAAUUCAAACAGAGUUAUAAAUGCUGCAUUAUAUAAUUAUGACAAAUAUAUUUGUCUAGACUUUUCUUGCUGAAGCAGAUUAUUGGACCAGUGUUUUCAUUUUGAGACUAGCUUCUUUUCCAUUUUGCUAGCUCCUUCCCCACUGUAAUAGUUCUAAUGCUGGCAUAAUAAUUUUGUUCGACCUAUUGGCCUUCAAGUUCAAUCAUAAAAAUCAAGACCUUGUUGAAAGUACAGAUACACAGGGACAGGGAGAAGUGGACUGGAUGCAUGAAACUUCCACUUGCAUGUGCAUUUAUGCCUUAAUUAGCCUCACUGAAUUACUGCCAGCAUCUGCUACUUUUUUUGCCCAGAGGUUUGUGUUUCACUAUUUAAUGGUAAAGGGCUCACCUUUUUUCCUCAGGAAUGAGAAACUUGUUUUCUCAGCAUGUCCAAAUCCUACUAGUUGAAAGAGGGGGUUUGAAUUGGAGUCAUCACUUUCAUAGUGAGCAGAACUCACUAAAGCCCCAGUGUUUACCUGGGCAAAUCCCUUUAUAUUUAAGCCAUGUAGUUCUAGAAAAUAAGCUUGCUCAGAGCAGUCAGUUGUCCAUUUAAAAUCUAGUUCUUUAAAAGGGAAAGCAAGUUCUAAUUUGUGAUCUGUAAAACUAUUUAAAAAUACAAAUUUGCAGCAUCUUGUUUGUAAAACACUUCAAGUAAUUUUGGGUUUGGUUAAUUACAUAAGAAGGGGUGUUUUUUUAAUGGAAGUAGCUUGAUGAAUAUAAGCGCAGGAGUAGGAGCCAGGCUCCUCUAAUUUUGUAGUGUAUUUCCACAGGAUCCUCUGUGGCCAUUGGCAAGUCACUAGAACUGUGUUGUUGUUAAAAUAGCAUUAACACCUACCUACCUCACAGGGAUGUUGUGAGGAUUAGCUUAUGCCUAUAAAAUGCAUUGAGGAUCUGAGAUGCUAUGUAAAUAUUAUAUACUUUAAUUUUAGUUUUGUGAGGUGUAAGGUUUACUGUAAUGAAAACAGAAGAUUUUCAUAAUUGUAAAGCCCAGGAGAGGCAGCAGCAGUGCAGUAUUCUGAGGACUUAUGUACUGCAGUACAGUAAUGCUUGCUGUAAAUUGUCAUUAUUCAAUUACAGCCAAUUGAAAUGGUGACUUCUUCUUAAGGUGAGAUUCCCCACCAGUGUGCCUCAGUUCUGAUAUACAAAGGGAGAGGACAGAUAUAGGUUAUUCAGGCUUUGGUGCCUCUGCUUGUGACAAGUGCUGCUUGUGGUGGUAGGGUUUUUUGUUUGGUUUACUUUUGGUUUUUUUGCAUUUUUCUGUAAGGAACAAACACCACACAUUUCUCCCAUGUCUGUUCUAGUCACUAAGUACAACCAAAGCCUAAUUAUAACAAUUAAAAUUUAAAGACCCAGCCCUGCUCCCCAUAAAUUUGCAUUGAAUUAGAAUGUGCUCCGUUUCCAGUAAAUUAGAUCAAUGUUUUCUAGCACUGAUCAUGAAGUAAAUAAUGAAGUGUGUUUUGCUCUAGAGCCUCUAACUCUCAGCUAUCUUCUAAAACUCUAUUUUCAGUAUGAGAUUUCUUGGGGCCCUAGAAACAGAGAAGUAAGAUACCUCUGGCUUUCUCUUCAGUGAAUUAAAAUUGAUUCUGCUUUUUCAUUUCUUUGCAUUCCCUACCCUGCUUUUCCUAUCCUGUUAAGCUGUUCCAAUCUGUUACAGCUUAAUACUUGAAAUUAAUAAAAAUCUCUCUAAUAGCAUUUGCCACACAUUUCAAUCUCCCAUUAAACCAUUCUGGAGUUUUUAAUUAGAGGAAAAAAAUAAACCUAUGUUAUUUGUUCUCUUUGUGCAAAAUAAGAAACCUCCAUGCAGUGAACGUGCAGUUUUAAGGCAAUAAAUGCUAGUACUGCUGUUGGUCAAGUGUGUAAAUACUUUAAAUGUAUCUUUCAAUACUGUGUUGAGUUUAUAUAUCAAAAACACAGGGAUUGAAGUGCUAGUUGAUUUUAAGUAUUGUUUUAUCUGUACAGUUGAAGAUAUGAAGUUGCAUAGAAGUAUUUUACAGUUUAUUGCAAUAAGAUUUGGGAAAUGGCUGUGUAAUCAAGCCUUAUCAUGACUGAAUUUUCAAUUUUGAAAUGAUCACUUUGUGUAUUUUAAGAUCCAUAAGCAGGAAGAGGAUAAAAUUGUUUUCCACUAAAGACUUUUUUUUUUUAUUUUGUUUUGGCCACGUGUCAUUUGUGUGUAUUCUUGUUUAAUAUUUUUCUAAAAUCUCACCUUUGUUAAAUCCCUGAAAAAGCAUUUCCAUCCUUACAGUGGAAACAUAUAAAUAGCAACAUUAUAAACCUUAGGCUACACCUUUUGCUCUUUGGCUACACUGACUGCACAGUAAUUAGGUUAAAAGUUGGUGGAGUAACUUGAGUUUAAGUCAGCACUUAAGGCAUGAGUUUGUCCAUCAACAGAAAAAAGUGUGAUUAGGGGUGCAACAGCAGUAUCUCACAUGGAACUGCAAUUAUCAGAAAUGACUGUGAAUAUAUAAUCAGAUGAAUCUUUUCCCCCAUCUUCCAAAAGAAGUUUUAACAGUGACUUUUCAGGUCACUAUUACUGGUGGCAUUUGUCUACUCAAAAGGAAUACUGAUUUCUGGGUCUUUAUUUUGUGUGUGUGUGUGUGUGUGUGUAUUUAAACAGUUUUUAUGAUGGUAUCUGACACAGAAAUGUUCUCCAAGCUCAAAAUCUGUUCCUGUGUUCCUAAGGAACAUCUAACAGGGUGUUACUCCAUGGAUAUCAGGAAAGUUCAGUUACAGGCAGCAGUUCCUAAUGUGCUGUAACACAAUUACUUUUAGAUAAACUACAGCUACUUUCUAUUGUUCCCCUCUCACUUCCAUGCACUCUCAUAUUUUAGAAAAGGAAAAAAAAAGCUUCACAAAUCCUGAAAGUAAAACUACGCAACAACUGUGGCGGUGAUAGCUUGCUAUAUAUCUUGGCUGUAUGUAUCACUAGAAUUUUACUGGUUUCAAAAGUAAGAUUAUGCAGUUAUAUAUUUAUAUUAGCAUGGUUUAAUUCAGUGAGUAUUUUGGGGAAGGACAGAAACAUUUAAGGUAAUUUUGAGGAAAUUCCUGAAAGCAAUUGGUAAGACUAACAGCAGCGUAUCCAAGAGCCUUUCAUGUAGAAAAUGGAACUAUUCUGCUUUACCUUAAAUAUGAGUUCUGGAAUAAACUUGAAUGAUUUGGGUACAGAGCCUUUAUUCACACUUGUUUGUCUAAGUAUACACAAACCCCAUCAAUUUUGCCUUUUUUGAAACUUAUAUUGGCUUCAGUUGUGAGUGGUGGAGUUGGGGGUGGAUUUUUUGCUUCGGUGAUUUGCCAUGUCUUACAAGCAGAAAAGUAGGAAAGUGCAACCCUCCAAGUGUUACUUGUCUGGACAGCCAACCAAGCAGCAGGUUGUACAUAAACUGGAAGAGGGAAGGAAGAGGAGAAGAAAGUGAUAGCUUUGCAGUCUUAUCUGGAAAAACAGAUCAAGCUACAAGAUACAAGUGUUAUUCUGUAACUUUUAACCUAUGACAUCUUGAAAGGGAUUAGUAAAAGCCUGCCAUUUUACCAAAAAGUUUCUUGGGGAAAAGAUAGAGUACUUUUUUGGAAUUCUGAAAUGAAAUGUGAUACUAUCAGUGUAAAUUUUGUUAAAUAAUAAAUUCCUCUUUAUUUUGGAAAACAUUCCAGACAAAUCAAUAUAUCCAAAGAGAAAAAAGAAACUACCCACUGUGACGAAUACAUAAUUCAUUACUAGUUUUUCUGCUGUCUAUAUUUGAAUCUCGUGGAGCAGCUGUUUUCACUUUAACAUCUAUUAGAUGGUAUCAGAUUUGAUUUUCCUGACACGCUGUUGCCUUUAAAAGUUAGAAUAAUUUGAAGCUGUGGGUGUGAUGUGCUUCCCUUUUUCUUCCUCUCUCUGUCUGGCCUACUGUUAAUGGUUGUAAAGGCAAAUAUGAUUGAUUUGCUUUCACUUACUGUUUUGGAUGCUGCAGUUUAGGUUUGUGGCAUAUUCAAACUGCUUUCCGUCUCUGCGUUUGGUGUUCCCUGAAUGAAAGUCAUCGCUAGACUCCAACACAAGUAUUGGUUUGAAAGCCUCACUGGUAACUUGGUUUAAUAAGCUGUCAGGACAUUUUGGAACUGCAAUACUACUAAUGGUCUUUUGUUCAUUGAAAUGAUCGUUGUAACUCACAAAAAAAAAAAAAACAA